AAGAUGCAGAGCUCUUCCCCAAACGAUCCGGCUAGAAAUCUAGGAAGCGCUGAUCCAGAGCGCACAGAGACAGCUGUGUUGUUCCUCUAUCGCGGGGCCAGAUAGAGGAGCCGCGGUAUGGCCAGAGUAGUGACAGAGAGUGCUCUGUUAUACCCAGCAGAAACUGGGUGCUCUCCUGGGCCUAAACUCCCCUCCCGCUCCUUUGCUCGCUCACACCCGGAUCCUUCGUCGCGGGGAGGGUGUUUCCGCCCGGCCGUGGUGGGCGUGACGCAACGUCCAGCGCGCGCUUUUCAUGCCUUGGUGUUUCCUUUGGCGGAGUUUUUGUUUUCAGAAGAUGCUGGGUUUGUUUUAUUCAGCGGCAGUGGUGCUUCCCCGAAUCUCAGAAUGCCUGUUAAAAGAUCACUGAAAUUGGAUGAUCUGUUAGAAGAAAAUUCAUUUGAUCCUUCAAAAAUCACAAGGAAGAAAAGUUUUAUAACUUAUUCUCCAACAACUGGAACUUGUCAAAUGAGUCUAUUUGCUUCUCCCACAAGCUCUGAAGAACAAAAGCACAGAAAUGGACUAUCAAAUGAAAAGAGAAAAAAAUUGAAUCACCCCAGUUUAACUGAAAGCAAAGAAUCGACAACAAAAGACAAUGAUGAAUUGAUGAUGUUGCUAUCUAAAGUUGAGAAAUUGUCAGAAGAAAUCAUGGCGAUAAUGCAAAAUUUAAGUAGUAUACGGGCUUUGGAGGGCAGUAGAGAGCUUGAAAAUCUCAUUGGAAUCUCCUGUGCAUCACGUUUCUUAAAAAAAGAAAUGCAGAAAACCAAAGAACUAAUGACAAAAGUAAUUAAACAAAAACUGUUUGAAAGGAGUUCAGGACUUCCUCACAAACAUACUUCAGUUUUAAAAGCACUGAGGUUUGAAGUUUAGACAUGACGACUUUUAGGAGAAACAACAGAAAUUCCCCCUAUGCUUUAACGUUCUGGAUUUAUCUGGAGAUAAAAAAUGGAGCCAUUAAUUUUGAUAGCACAAAUAUGCAUUAAUGUACAACUGUAGUCCUCAGCUCUUUAUAAUGAUUCAGCUAUCAUGUAUGCCAUAUGUGAGUCAUAACCUUUCCUAUUAAUAAUGUUAAUGCUCUUGUUUUACACGAUUUGUCUUUGUUUUGGGGUAUGCAUUUCACCUGCUAAAAAUGCAUACUUGAGAUUUGUCUAGGAUUUAAGUAAAAAUAAGCAGGUUUAUUACUUUUUAUAGCCUUUUAAAUACUUCUUUCAUGAUUUAAAUUUUUUAUACUUUAACAGAAGUAUGAUAAUUUUUCUUUCAAAUAAAAUCAGUAGAAAAAAUUUUAAACUAUAGAGUUGGACUCACUUAAUAGCAAUUAGGUGUUUAAAAGGUGUAAAUAACUUGCUAUCAGACAUUACAAAUAUCCAGGUGCUCUGUAUGUGCUGAUGACAACAAAAUUGAAAAGAAAGACUAUAAUAAUUCUGGCUGGUUUUCUCUGCAGAAGAUAUUGAUUAUUUGUGUGUGGUGAGAGAUUUGGAAAAUUCAAUUAAAGGAGUUGUGCAAAGGUUU